CCCAACACUUUAGAUCAAGGAGCUUCACCAGCCUUAUCAGCUUAAGUCAACCGACUUGAUGGCAUCAGCAAAUGGCUUUCCUGCCAGUUUCUACAGCGAGCCUGGGGUGCUCGGCCUCUUGUCCAAUGGUAUCAGUGCAUUUCUGGUGCUCCUCCAGAACUUCAAUGGUGCCAGAAGUGGGAUUCCAGCGUUCGGAGUUGAGAACAUCCUUGCAGGUGUUCACCUGAUUCUAAUUGGUGGAGUGUGCCAGUUAAUCGCUGGCUUCCUUUCCUUCCGUAAAUAUGACCAUCUCAGUGGCACAUCCUUCAUUGCUUAUGCAGCUCUUUGGGGAAGUUAUGGAGCCACAAGAAUAUUUAUAGGAGCCUACCAAGAAGGUCCUAUUAAUUCCUCAACUUUAGUAAAUGUUUCACUCGACAACUUAAUCACAAACUCCACCGCUACCAAUGCAACCACUGUUCCUAAAUUCAUCGGUGAAGCCGCCAUAGCUGGUUUGGUUCCCUACAUCUUCCUCUCCUUGCUUCUGGCGUUCUGCUCGGCCACAGUGAACUACAUCAUGCCCUUUGUGUUUGGAGCCAUCACCCUCACGUUGGUGUUUGAAGCCGUCGGACUCGUAGGUAGCUGGGCUCUGGUGGUCUCUGGAGUUCUGGAGCUCCUCAUUUUGAUCUUCGCCAUCUAUGGCUCAGCAGCUUUGCUCAUCAAAGGUCUGGCCCAACGCUACGUCCUCAAGGGCUUCGGUAACCCUCUCUUCAACGUUCUGCUCCUCGGGACCACCAAUACCGGCAGCUCCCAGAGUUUAGGCCAAGAGAAGAAGAAAAACACCAAAUACGCCGAACCCAUGGCCUUGGGCUUCUUCUGCGACACCAUCUCAGCCUUCAUCUUCGCCUUCUACGCUUUCGGCUACUUCCCAACGCUCACGCUAGGCGCCAUCUGGAUCACCAUCAACUCCGCCACCCAACUUCUCUCCAGUUAUUACGCUUACCUGCGCCAAGACUGCUACCACGCCACCAAAUUCGCCCUGCACUGCACCUACUGGCUUGUGAAGACCUGGGAAGAGUAUGUGGUGUCUGUUGUGAUUGGACGAAGCGAAGAAGCCACCGGAAGACCGGCCAUGGUGGGAGACUGGUUCUUCCUGGCAGCAUCCUUGGUUCUCAUUAUCGCAUGCCUGAACAUGGACACCCUGGAACUCCUCCACAAUGCCAUUUUCUUCCUGCUAACCAUCUCAACAAUCUCCCAGAUCCCUCUUCACAGGUACUACAUCUUCUUCGGCGUGAUCUGUGCCAUCUUCACUGCUCUCUCGCUGUACGGCACAUUCGCUCGCAUGAUCAACACCAUCGCUGAGAAGUCUCUGAUUCCGGUCGGACCUCAACCGGUCUCCACCGACCGACUCGAGAAUGGUCUAGGCUGCAGGAGAAAGUCUCUGAAGGAACAGACCAACGGAAAAGGUUCCCAACUACCAGAUGCUCUGUUUUACUUCACCAAUGGAGUGGCAGCGCUCUCAGCCAUCCACAUCAACCACCCCCUCCCUGGCUUUCUAGAGCUGACCGUACCCUGGGUGCUCAUCCCAGGGGCCAUCAUCCAGGCCUACGUCAGUCGACUUCAGGUUCAAGGCGGAAAGAGGUUUGGCUCGGUCAUCCCUUCCUUCUACGCCGCCAUUUGGGCCACAUGGACCUGGUUUAGAUUUGGAGGACAGCAUCUGCACAUAACCAUCGAUUCAGCUGGCGGCUUUACAGCAGGAGCUAUAGCUUUUCUGGUGGUCAAUGCUUUCUUGAUGCUGAUUGCUGCUUAUGGCAAUCUAGUUCUGCUGAUGAUGACCACGCUCAUGGAGAUCAUGUUGGUUUGCUUCCUUCUCUCCACUGUUGGUAGACUGCCCUAUCAGCUGGAAGUUGCUAUGCUUUCACUGUUUGCAAUCACCUGUCUCUUCGGGAUGUUGGCGUCACUCAUCAACUGCAUCUUCUCCAAAAAUCUGAUCUCGCUUGGCCCUUCACUGAUCAAGAACAAAAAGAAGAAGGGUGCUGCUUCAACAACUCCUUGUCCGAUCGCUAGCUCUCGAGGGACCGCCGGACUCCUACAAAUCGCCAAAUUGCUUGAAAAAGAUGGCGUCUGUGGCAUUCCAACAGAUACUGUCUAUGCUUUGGCUGCUUCCUGCAAGAACCCAAGCGCAAUUGAGAAGAUCUACAAUAUCAAAGAUCGUCCAGCAGAGAAGCCCAUCUGCAUCUGUAUCUCCAGUGUGGAGCAGCUUGUAGCAGCUAAACCUCCAUUCAGCCCCCUGCUUUGGGAGUUCAUGAGAAAUGUCUACCCAGGAGGCAUCAGCUGUAUCGUACCAAAGGGGGACUGGCUCUUCAAACUUGGUGUGGGACCAGCAUACGACCGCGUGGGGACCAAAGAAAGCAUCAUGAUCCGAGUUCCCGACCACACAGUCACCGCCCACCUGUGUGAGAUCACCGGCCCAUUGGCUAUCACUUCUGCAAACCCCAGCGGUGAACCUGACAGCACUCACCACGACAUGGUCAUUAGUCGCCUCGGACACAAGAUCCAAGGAGUUCUGUGUGACGGAGAGUCCAAUGAAGUGGUGGCGUCAACUGUGGUCAACUGCUUAAAAAUCGAUGAAGGUACGAUCAGCAUUCUGCGAGAGGGUUGUGUUCCUGCGGUGAAGGUGCGGCAGAUCUUUGAGAGGGUGAAGAACAGCAUGGCUUAAGAUCUAAAGAGCUAAAAGUUAGAAAAAAAUGAAGGAAUAUAACAAUUAAGGGCAAAUGUUAAUUGAAGGCUAAAUGAAACACAAACACACACAGUAUUCUCCAACUAUGAGAUGUUUUCUGGAGUUCACAAUGAAGUGGGACUCUUAAGGCUAUAUAUGUAUAUAUACAACUCUGGAAAAAAAUCUCUGAUUUUGCUAUUUAUAUUUUAGGUAUAUGUCUGAGUAAAAUUAACAUUGUUGUUUUAUUCUAUAAACUAUAGACAACAUUUGAAAAUGAGAAAUGGCUGAAAAAAACAAAAAAGAUGCAGAGCUUUCAGACCUCAAAUAAUGCAAAAAAAACAAGUUCAUAUUCAUAAAGUUUUAAUAGUUCAGAAAUCAAUAUUUGGUGGAAUAACCCUGGUUGGUUUUUAAUCACAGUUUUUUUCAUGCAUCUUGGCAUCAUGUUCUCCUCCACCAGUCUUACACACUGCUUUUGGAUAACUUUAUGCUGCUUUACUCCUGGUGUAAACAUAGUUUGUGAUCAUCCAUCUUCCUCUUAUUAUAUUCCAGAGGUUUUUAAUUUGUUAAAAUCAAAGAAAAUCAUAAUUUUUAAGUGGUCUCAUUUUUUUGUCUAGAGCUGUAUAUAUAUUGUAUAUAUGUAUAAACAUUUAUAAAUGGUUAUGGUAGGUUUUAUGGGUAGACAGUUGUUAUGAAGACUUAUGAAUUGUACUUAACAACAGUGUUUCAACAAUUAUGAAGAAAAAAAUAUCCUUUCUUUAUUUUAUGUGUGGAAAUAAAUUUUAUUUAUGUAUUUUCUUUUUUUUUUCUCUGUAUUUAUAAUGUAAUUACUGUAUGUGUGAUGUUUUGUAAUAUAAUGAUAUAGUUAAUUUAUGUAUAUGUGUUUAUAUAUAAACAUACAUGACUUCAGUUCAAUGAAGGACAGCGAGGACUAUUUAUGAACAUACGCAUAAUAUUAAUAUUAUAUGCUGGCAUAGAUAUUAUUAUUUUGCACGGUGAAUCUGUUAUGUAUCAAUGUAUUUCUGUUUUUUUUUGUGUUUCUCUGUCAUAAAAAACACAUCAACAAAAUUCUAACAUCAGAUUA